CAAUGGUUAUUUACUACAUUGAAUGCAUUGAAAGUCGUAAAACAGUAUGAUAUGUGACUAAAAAAAAAGUAAAAGAGAAACGGGAGGCGAGGGCGACGAGUAAGGCGAUUUAGGGUCGAUCGGUGAUAAUGGGGAGAAUCAGAGAGAGGUUCACAAGGGAUCUAUUUCAAAUCUCAGAGAGAUAAUGAGGGUUCGAUUUGGGAAAGGUGGUGAUGAGGGAGCGAAUCAGGAAAGGGACAGUAGAGAAUCAUGAUAGUGUUGGCUCAAAGAAAGGAAAUUCUUGGCUGGUCUCGAUGGCGAAUUGGCUCCAGAUUCUCUCAUUCAUAUUCAAAGGGAAUCGUUGGUUUUGAAAGAAAAGCAGUGAUCUUAUCUUGGUCAUUUGAUUGGGAACUCGGGGGACACAAGGAAUGGAGAGGGAACUCGCAAGAGACCAUAUCAUUUCGACUUCUGGAUGAUUGCGGUGGCAAAGUGGCAACCAAAGAGGUCCCUAAACUAUCCAUCGGAAAUCCCGUUUUGGGUGUCUCGAAAGAGUUCAGGACAAUACCAACCUUUCGAGAGCAUCGGUGAUGCUAUUGGACGGGUGAGGUGGAUUUGGAAUUGAUGGGAGUACUGGUCGUGGUGGAUGCGUUCAAGGAGCUUUGCUUCGAGACGUCUGUAGAUUUCACAGGUGGUGAAUUCUAUGAAGGGGAAGAAGUUCCUAUUCUACUCAGGUAUGAGAAACUGUUCGGUUAUUGUGAGGCAUGUGGCAGUCUCUGCCAUCAAGAGGCGAAAUGCCCAUUGAUGAAAGGGUUUAAGCAACAUCCAGAGAGGAAAAUGGAGAUCCGUGAGGUGCGGUGGAGGAUGGCACGAAGGGAAUAAGCAUGAUGAUAGGGCUAGAAGCUACAAAGGCGUGGUGAUGCAUGGUAAUGGAGCGCCACAGAAUCGGGAACGGGACGCAAAAGAAUAUUAUUGUAAGGGAAAGGGUAAAGUGGGUGAGGAAACUGAUGCUCAGUGGGUGAGAGUUGCUGACAGAAGUAAUAGGAGGCCCUCUGGAUACAAAGGAAACACAAGAGGAAAUGGGGAGGAGGUGAAGCAAAGACCUUCGCGACGAGAUGAUGCGGGUGUUAUUGAUCAGGGAGGGAAGAAGAAAGAGUCUCCCAGAAAACAGCUCUGGGUGCAGGACGACGCACAGGAAGAAGGAGAGAUAAGGACUGCAGGGGAAGAUCAACAGAUGGCCGUAUCUCAAGGGUUUCAAGAACAGUUAAUUCAGACGCAGGCGAACGGGAACGAAGUUAUUUCGGAUCCUAAAGGUACAGAGCAGGGACUAAAGCAGCUCCAGGGCUUAGUAGAGGGCCAGUUGAAGAUUAGGGAGGAUGAGGUGAUGGAGUGGGAUGACUUGGAGGCAGCUGAUAACUUCCCGGAUCUUACAGAAGCAGAAAUGGCAGCGAUGACUCUGGAGCUCGAGGAACACGCCGCUCUUGAAGAUACUGAGGUGACACUGGUGAAUGAGGAUGCAAAAGGGCAGAAGACAGAGGAGGAACCUUAACUUUAUGCUGGCGGUUCAUCAGAAACCUUAACUUUAUGGAUCAAGUUCUUCUUAUCAAGAAGACUAAUAAGCAGGAUGGAGGUCUUGCUAUGGGGGUUUGCUUUAAAUUAUUAAUAAGCUCUAUGAGCAAGUUUUUAUUUUCUGUUUUAAAUGAGGAUUUUAUUCCUGGUUUGGUGGUUGAAGUUUCUUACUGGUUGUUUGAGGCUGUUAAAGUUAUGCAAUGGAAUAAUAUUGGUGAGUUCAGUU